AUGCACACACGCGUGUGCUGGGACGUGAACCUGCUGAGCGAGAUAAACAACCUAAAAGAAGUUUUAAAAAAACUCCCACAAGAAAAAAAUGAGGAAAAGAAAAGAGAGGUUCUGAAGAAGGUAAUAGCGUACAUGACCCUCGGGGUAGACGUAUCAAAGCUAUUUCCGGACAUUAUAAUGAUAUCAAACACAAAUGAUAUAAUACAGAAGAAAAUGAUAUACCUCUACCUAAAUAACUACGCAGAAACGAACUCGGAACUGUCUCUGCUCACUAUAAACACCCUGCAAAAGGACAGCAAAGAUGACGACCCAAUUAUAAGGGGGCUAGCCUUACGGAGUUUUUGCAACUUGAGAAUUAAUAAUUUGUUUGAGUAUAUAGAAGGGCCUUUAUUUAACGGAUUGAACGACAAAAAUUCCUAUGUCCGAAGAAUUGCCAUAAUCAGUUGUGUCAAGCUGAUUAAAAUGAACCCACAUUUAGCUAUAAAAGACGAUGUCAUAAAAAUUUUGAAAAAUAAACUGCUAGACAAAGACCCCCAGUGUAUAAUAAACGCAGUGCAUGCAUUGAACGAAAUAUUGGUAGAUGAAGGAGGAUUAAAAGUAAAUAAAGAAAUCAUUUUUAACAUGCUAAACAAAAUAUCGACCUUUAACGAAUGGGGGAAGUGUGUUGUUCUAAAUGUCGUAAGUACCUACAUUCCAGAGAAUGAAGACGAAAUGUAUGACAUUAUGAAUAUAUUGGAAAAUCACAUAAGAGAUUUCUCCUCCGCCGUUUUCCUAUCGUGUUUAAAAUGUUUUUUAAAUUUCUCUUCCAAUGAUACAAAUUUACAAAUUCAGAUUUUUCAAAGAAUGAAAGACCCUUUACUUACUUUAAUUUCGACCUCUUCUUACGAAAUUUCUUACAUCGUUUUGUUGCAUACCAAUUUGUUGCUACACGAGGCGAAUAAACUCAACUACAACAUCUUCGACUAUGACUACAAGCACUUCUUUUUUCGAUACAAUGAUCUUACGUACAUAAAGGACAUUAAGUUGGACAUCCUCGUGUCUGUGGCCACAAAGAACAACGUGAUCAUGAUAACGAACGAAUUGAGUGAGUACAUAUGCGACCAGAACGUGGAAAUCGCGCAGAAGGCCAUUUACUCCAUCGGGUGUAUAGCUCUGAAGAUACCAAAGGCAAUUUCCAAAAUAGUGGAGUUAGCCCUCUCGUCCUUUCUCCCCAUGAAUCAUUCCUACAUUUGCAGCGCCACGAUAGAAAUGUUAGCCAACAUACUGAGAAAGUACGAAGAAUACACCAAGGUAAUCAUUGAAGAAAUUAUAAAACAUGAUAACAAACUGAUAGACAAUGCUGGAAUCAGAUCCUACAUUUGGAUUGUCGGGGAAUAUUCAGAGUACAUAGAAAAUGCACCAUACAUUCUGGAAGAAUAUGUCAAUUUGACCGACUGCUCCUAUUUAUUCAUGCUGGAAUUGUUGACGGCGUGUGUGAAGGUCCUAUAUAGAAGACCUUCCGAAAUGGUAGUCAUUCUCGCCACCCUUUUUGACAACAUUUUAAAAAAUUAUAAAUACCCGGAGCUUACGGAUAAAAUGCACUUUUAUUACAAGCUGCUAAGUUAUAAUUAUGAAGAAGCCUUCAAAAUAAUUGUUUGUAAAAAAAAACUAGUAAAAAAUUUCUGCGAAUCGAAUGAAAAUAAUCUACUGGACAAAUUGUUCAAUGAAUUUAACACCCUGUCUGUAUUGUAUAAACAGCCUAUAUACAAAUUUGUGGAGUAUUCUAAAAUACGUUUUGGCGGAAUGUACGACCCGGAGGAAAAUGAACACGGGGGGACCCAUGACGAUCAUGUUCAUAUGGACGACGUCGGUGUAGACAAUGUCGACCAUAACAUUGCACAUGUAAGGGACACGGAUAGGGAAAGCUUUGUGAACACCCCAGAGGAGGAUACCCGAAUGCCUGGCAAGUACCCCUUAACCACCAGUGACACCCACAUAAGUCGCCAUAACAGCAGAAGCAGUGCAAACAUUCCCAACAUGAACGAGGAUAUGCUCCUUAUGGGCGAUGAAGACACGGGGGGGUAUCACCAGAGCGGGGACAGGCAUAACGCGAACGGUCCCACGGACGAUUGCAAAAACAGUCGCACAGACGAUUACUCGCACGAUCACGCUUACGCCCAUAGAGAUGGCGACGAGAUGGGGAACGACAACCACCUCUCCGCAGAAUCCCCAAAACACAUGAACAACAUGAACGCCCCCUUAAGUAGUAGGGAUGUAAAAAAAUCACGCGGCAGAGGUUCGACCAACAACGCGCCCACAACCACCGUUAGUAGUAGCCCCCUCAAUAGUAAAAAGUUGCAGAAAAAAAAGUCGCAUGAAUUGAUGAACACCACAAAUUCGGAGCACUUGCACAAAUUGAAUGAUAUUUUAAUCGAUGCAGAAAAUAUAAACCCAGAACACUACCAAGAACAGUGGAAUAUUCUACCUGAACAGAAUAAUGAAAAAUUAUUUUUAAGAAAAAAUUACUACAACUUACAGUUAGAAACAAUUGACGAAUUUCUAUCAAAAUACAACAUUGUAACCCUCGCCUCCGGCGAAAUUGAUCAGUGCCUCAAAUUCUACAUGUACUCGCAAUUUUAUACGAAGCACUACAUUUUUAUUGAGCUAAUUUUCAACAAGGCGGAAAAUUCCAUCAACUGGAUACUGAAGUCCCAAUGCGACAACCCCACCAUGCUCGAUCGCUUCACCGAUUAUUUCAGGGACAUAUUCAUGGAUUUCAUGUGA